UCCCUCCUUGUAGCAGCGUUGCGACAGAGACGGAGAACUCGAACGACAUGAAUGUAGAAAAUAAUCAUACGGCAGAAACGGAGACUGAGCAAACGAAGGACGGCAAUGAGACCAUCACCAUUCAGACUACACUGGGAGAUGAAGAUGAAGAUGUGCAUAAAUGUGGACGCUGUCAGUCCGAGUUUUCCACGCUGGAGGCUUUCAUUCAACACAAGCUUCAACACAGUUGCCAACGUGUUGAGACGAGGGAGACGAGCAGCCAGGAGGCCUGUCAAGAGGUCACAACAGCCAAUGGGAGUCCUUCAGAGGUGAAAACAACAGAGGAAGUAUCUGCAGAUGAACCAGGGAAGACCACUAAUGAUGACAGCAGUGGUGCUUUGGGUCGGGGUCGCAGGAAAAAAAUACUUUCAUUAAAAGCAACCGAGCACUCUGAUGGGACCGAAGGAUCCACGUCUGACAAUGCUGACUGUGAAAAACCUGUUUACAAGGUCAACAGCGAUGGACGCUACAUUUGCCAACUCUGUGAAAAGACAUUUAAAACAACCAACAUCUUAAGAACUCACAUGAAAACUCACAGUGACCAGAAGAACUUCACGUGUAGUCUAUGUGGAACCUCAUUUCGCACAAAAGGCUCCCUUAUUCGUCACAAUCGCCGUCACACUGAUGAGCGACCAUAUCGCUGUAACUUAUGUGGCCAGUCUUUCAGAGAGUCAGGCGCCCUCACCAGACACCUUAAAUCCCUCACACCGUGCACUGAAAAGAUCCGCUUCGUUCAGUAUAAGGAAAUCUUGGUCAGCAAGGAUGGAGUACAAAAAGGUGUAGACGAUAAUCAUGCCGCAUUGGCUGGCCAUCAAGAGGUGGUGGUUGUGGAGCAACACCCAGAAGAGCAGGAGAUGGUGGAGGCCCAGACUGCUGUCGUCAGCGUGGUUGAGGCUGGUUCUCAGGAGGUCCUUCAUCAGGUCCACUUCACUAUGGAGGUGGAUGGAACAACACAGGAGCAGCAGGUUGUAGUCGAGCAGUCUCAGGCGGAGGCUCUGGCUGCUGCAGCAGCUGCAGGCGACAACCUCAUCUGCCAGGCCAUCCUCAACUCCGGUAUUGCACUGGGGACGGAGGAGGCUGUGGUGGAAGAGACUACACAGGCAACCACAGAGAUAAAUAAAGUUGUGUCUGACUGCACUGAUGCUGACGAAAACAUCACCGAGAUCCAGGUGAAGGAGGAGUUUGUGGAGAUGGAAGCAGAGGAAACAGAAGAUGGAGAAAAUCAGACAUCCUCAAAACUAUACCAGUGUCCACACUGUAGUCGCUCUUUUAAGGGACUUAAUUACUUUCGUUUUCAUGUCAAGGGCCAUCUGGGUUACAAGCCUUUUAAGUGCACACUCUGUCACAAGGAGUUCCUAACCGGUUACCUGCUGAAGAAACACAUGGAGGUACACGUCAGUGAGAGGAGGUACAAGUGUGGCGAGUGUGGGAAGCUCUAUAAAACCAUUGGGCAUGUACGUGAACACAUGAGGGCACACUCGGAUGAAAGACCCUACCAGUGCUCCCGAUGCAACAAAGGAUACAAAACCAAGAACGCCUUGCAGGUGCACCAGCGGACCCAUGGCGACGAGAAGCCUUAUGUGUGUCAGUUCUGUCUGAGAGGCUUCAGGGAGAAAGGCUCUCUGGUGCGACACAUCCGCCAUCACACAGGAGAGAAACCUUUCAAGUGUCCAAAGUGCAAAAGAGGCUUCGCUGAGCAUGGCACUCUGAAUCGGCAUAUGCGUGCAAAAGGAGGCUGCCGUAAGGAAGAAUCCAGCGAGGAGCAGGGUGGAGGAACGGAGGAGCAGGCGUCGGUGGACAACCUGGCAACGGCAGCUAUCAUCUCUGAGGAUCCUCAUGCUGUCCUGGUGGAGUUCUCCUCAGUGGUGGCUGAUACUCAGGAGUAUAUCAUAAAGACUCAGACUGAGGAGGAAGUGCAGGAAGAAGAGGUUACACUCAUUCAAGAUGGACAAAAUGAGGUUGGAAAUCACAUCAUGAAAGUUGUGCAGCGAAUAGUUAGCCAGUCACAGGGCACGGGCAGUCACCAAAUCAUUGUCCGCAACGUGGCGGUGGACGAGGAGGGUCCCUCCAUCUCUGACUGCGGUGACACCAUCACCAUUGCGACGCCUGAGAGCCUGACGGAGCAGGUGGCCAUGACACUGGCCUCUGCCAUUAGUGAUGGCACGCUGCUGGCCGGGGCGGCCGGUGUGGAGUCGGCGGAUAGGACAGUUGCCAUGGUUACCACAGAGGCAGCAGUGGAGGAGGGAAUACAGGUGGUGCAGCAGCAGGAGGAGUAUGUCAUCACAUCUCCAGAAGAGGUGGAGAUUCAGACGGUCAUCGUUUGAUCAGAGGGUGACGUUGACUGGACUGUCAUGAAUUUGUAGCUGUGUAGCCGAUAACUGUAGAGUGGAUGAGCUACAUGUGUGAGAUCUGACUGCAAAACAAAGGCCAAAGUGUUUAUGAAGUUUAUGUCUGUGUCGCAAAUUAUGAAUGAAUGAAAGAGGACUAGUUUAUCAUUAUUUUAGACUUUUUAUAGGUGGAUUGACUGAACUGAACCCUGCCUACGACUCAUUAGCUAAUGAUUUGACUCUUACUUUUUGCAUACACCCUAAAAAAUGAACUUAACUUUGUACAGUUCUCAUUCACAAUGCCUGAACUUUUUCAUCUCUCUAUUAGCUGGUGAAAACUGAAUGUCUUUGCCUUUUAUCUGCAGUCUUAAAAUGCCAUUAUGUCUGUCCUUAACUACCUGAAAUUUCUUCCCUCUUGUGUCUGUAUCAUCAACAGUCUAGUUAAAAGCUCUUUAUCUGCACUCCAAGAUCAGCCGAUCACAAGCGUGCCUGCAGAUUUUUGGCCAUUCAGGGAGAGAAUACCGGCACAGAGCAGCUCCUCUGAGCUGGUCAAACACCAUGCAUCUUAACAACAAACAUCAAAAUGUGUUCAGUUCAUUUGAGCAGCCUUUGAAACAAAUAAAUGCUAUUUUCUUAUA